UCACACCUUCUCGUCAGCAGCUGGAGCUCCAGCUCCACGACAGCCCAGACGUCAUCGACUACUUUCGAACCGCUUACCAAUAGUGUCACCGACGAUGAGCAAUCAGCAUGCAAGUCAGAGCUCUGAACACAAGCACUGCUCUGUAUUGUGUUCGUUAUCUGAUUGUCCCGCUGCUGCGACUUCCGUGUAGCCCUUGGACUGCGUCCAGACCGCUUACCUUGUCUACAUCGAGGUUAGACCUCUCGAAACAGAACUCGCCCCAUAAGAACAAGCAGCUCGCUACAAAAUGUCUCCGAAAGAAAUUGUCCUUCCAUCCGAAGGAGCUCAUGGCGAGAAGGAUGGAACAGCAACGGCAACUUGCUACUGCGGUGCAGUACAAAUCGAGGUGCCUACCGAAGGAGAAGGAUUGGUAGACACUUUCAUCUGCCACUGCACAGAUUGCAGGAAAAUCACAGCUUCCAUGUUCGCCUCCAACUUCGUCGUCAAAGACUCCCACCUCAAACACCUUCGCGGCGAAAACAAACUCACAAAAUUCAAACAAUCCGCCACAAUCGCCACAGGAAACUGGAUGGAAAAUUCUUUCUGUUCUGUCUGCGGAACUCUCAUGUAUAGACGUUCCGAAGGGUUUCCUGGAAUGUCGAUUCCAAGGAUCGGAACGAUUGAUGAUUUUGGAUUGCAGGAGACGAAGUUUAAGCCGAGGAUUGAGACGUUUGAGAAGGAUCGGUGUGCGUGGUUGAAGCCGGCGGAGGUGAAGGAGCAUGUUGAGGGGGCGUAUUAUACGGCGGGGAAGGAGUGGAAGAGUAGUCAUGAUGGGGUGGGAGGGAAGGGAGAGUGA